UUUUAAUGUUUGAAAUCAUUCAAAUACAUCAGUAUUACAGAUUAUACUAUAUGAAUAUAAUUAUAAUUCACGAAUUUUGUUUAAGUUAAUUAAGAAUAUUAAAUCAUACCAAAAAUAUCUUAGUAAUAACGACUCAUUAUUGAUAAGACUUAAAUAUAAGUGUUUUAUAAAAUGUUAUUUUAGAAUAAUGAAAUUAAGGAAAGUAUCCUAUUGUAUUUUAAUGAGAGCAAAAACGAAGAUUAGUGGAGUUCUUACUCUCUUUAAGAUAAUCAAUGGGAUCUAUGUGUAUGAAACUUAUUUUGUUGUAUGUGAAAUAAAAUGAAGAUGUUGUUGUUUUGAAAGAAAAAAAGAGAUAGAAAAUGUUCAUUAAAACAAUACCAUUUCUUAAGAAGUAUACACUUGUACUAAUAGUAAAUCAAUAUUAUAUUAAGUAGUAUAUAAUUCAAAAAGAAAAAAAGCAAGAAAAACAAAGAGAGAAGUAAAAAAAGUGCAGAAUCUAAUACUUAAUCAUAUUAUGUUUAAGUAUAAUUAAGAUUUUUGUUAAUCAUUAUAAAUAUGAUAAGUAUUUGUACAGUUACUAAGUAAUAUUUCAAUGCUAUUAGUUACAAGCAUCAUUGACAAUGAUGAUAAUGAUGAUGAUGAUGUUACAAGCUAUACAUCAUUGAAUAAUUCAUCUGAAACAAAAUUAAUCAAAUCAUCACAACAUAGAACAAAGUCACGUAGAUCAGUUAGCGCCGGUACAAGAAGAGAUAUCAAUGAUGCUAAAAGUAAUAGAUCAAAACAAUCAGUAAUGAAUAAUAACAAUCAAAUAUCAUCAUUAAUGAAUAGACGACAAUAUAUUGUUAAGCCAAUAGUUGGCACAAAUAACAUUAGGAAUUAUUGUCAAAAUGAUUAUUAUUCAUAUUCGGAUAGUUAUGAAAAUGAUCAUAAUGGUAUAAUAAAUGAUACAAUAAUGGGUAAAAAUCGUCUUAUCACUACAUUACAACAUGCUAAUGAAACAGAUAAUUAUGUACCGAAAGCUCAAGAAGAUAGCUUUCCAGAUAGAUCAUUUUCUAUUAUAAAUGAAAAGAAUCGGUUGAAUAAUUCAAAUGGGUUGAUUUCAUCAGAUCAAGAAAACGUUAUAAUUAUUACAAUUAUAUUGAUAUGUAAUGAAAAAACAAUUACAUAA